AUGCGAUGGAAUCCCUUCAAUAAACCAUCAUGUUCUUCUUUCAUCUUGGUUCUCUUAUCAUUACUUGCACAAAUCAUUGUCUCGCGAGCAGAUGUAAAUGUCACCAAUCUAAAUAAUUCAACGAAUGCUUCAAUCUCGAACCCACAAACUCCCAAUACAACAUUAAGCACGCUGCCAACUGCGACGCAAACACCGAUAAAUUUUAAGUACGGUAUAGCGAAUUCAUCAAUUAAAGAUUAUAAAUAUCCGGCAACAUUAUCGGAUGGAACUUUGGUAUUCUUGGUGAAUAUUCCGAAAGUUUGCAGUGAACGAUCAAUCAUCUUACAAAUCUUAUACGCCAACGGCACGACUAGUAUAUUUGACGGACUCCCUCAAGAUCCUAUUUUAUUCUGCAAUAUUAGUUUUGCACAAACACUGAGAGUUUACCCGAUCGAUCGUAAUUUGGUUAUGGUCACGUACAUUGUAGAAAUCCAAUCAUCACUUCAACAUCUGGGAAUAAUUAUUAACGUGAAGAAAAAAGUCACCUUGCAUAACGGAAAAUUUUACGAUUAUCCACAGUAUUCGACCAUAACUAAUGCUUCCUCAUUAACACUUUUCAGUCCGAAUAUUGACCCUAAACGCGGAUUUUUAAUGGCGUAUUUUGAUUAUGAUGGUGCAUAUUUGGUAUGGUGGAAGUGGAAAGAUAAUGACCUUAAGAAGGUUUACGAAAAUCGAGUAGCUCUUCCGAAUAUAAAUAUUUCAUUCGAGACACCAGGACAAUCGACAUCAAGUGUAUUUCCAACAAAAACCGGUGGUUUUGGGAUAGCUUAUACAACUUGGAAUGAUCAAACUAGUAAUGAUACUUUAUAUGUAACGGGUCAAGUUUAUUUAAAAUUCUUGGGUGUCGACCACGAACUUAAAGGUCCUUUUUUAAUUUAUCAAACUUCUUUAAGGAAAAGAUUGGGUUUGAAUUCAUGCAGUGUGUCGUAUGAUAAAGAUGCCGGUUAUCAAUGUAUAUUGGAAAUUGAUGACCUCCCCGCGUUACAUAGUUUGAAAAUAGAUUUUUGGACGACAGGAUCGGUGAUUAAUGUGACAGAAUUGGGUCAAGAUAAAAUAAAUGGUGGACUUAUAGUUCGCGGUCAACCUUUAAUGACCGGAGGUUUUCUUAUAACGAUGAUUUCUAGUGAAGGUGUAAAUGGAUACAUAAUUAAUCAAUCUGGUGAUAUCGUUGGUGAUUGGGGUUUACCUCAUGAAAUUGGGCUUAUUUCCGGAGUUUUCCCGAAUAACACUGCGUGGGCUUUAUCUAGUAACUCGAGUGAUUCUUCUAAUUUCGGUAUCUUUUCGUCGAAAUUGAAACCUCUUUACAAUCCGAGUGAUUAUGGCAAUAUCUUUAUUAAGAGUACUUCCCCAAACAUUGAUGGAAGUGUGAUGAUUAACGGUGAUUAUGAACUUCUGUCCAAGAUUACUAUGGAAUUCAACGAACCGAUUAAAGUUUCCGACGAAUCUCUUUCAAUUUAUCAAAUUGCGAACGAUACGUAUUUGCUUCGUCAAAAAAUUCAAGCGACAAAUCCAAAAUUAACAUUGGAUAAAAAUAAUCGAAUUCUUUAUUUGACAAAUGCUAUAUAUAGUAGUAGCUUUAAUGUUCCCGGAGGAAUUUAUUGCAUUGAAAUGGAACAUAAUUUUGUUAGAACCCUUUCGGAAGAUGAGCCUCUUCUUGGUAUACUUAAAAAUCAAUGGAAGUUCACAUUAGCAGAUUUUGAUAAUCACAAAUCAUCAGGUUCUCGAGUAGGUAUAUUGAGAUUAAGAGUAGAUUUCUCAUCGAAAGAAAAAAAAGGCGUGUUAAGUAAACAGAAUAGAAAAGAAUUUCUAUAUAAUUUAUUAAAUGAUAUUUCAUCCUAUAUCCCAUGUGAUGCAAACAGAUUAAAAGUAAUCGACUCAAAUUUCAUUGAGCUUCGCAAUAAAGGUGAACAAUUUGCAUUUAAAUUAAAAAUUGGUAAGCCAAUUUCUUCUAAUGAGAAGGAACCAAGUUCCCAAAAGAUUUUUUCGGAUCUGCAAGAAAUGAUUCAUAAUUUAGACAAUACCGGCCUUGCCCUUAGUGAAUAUGCCAAGUAUUUGGAUCAAAAAUCCGGAUUAGUUGAACAAGGUAGUAUUUGGGAAAGAUAUAAAUAUGUAAUCAUUAUAAGCCUCAUUGGAUUGGCAAUUUUGAUCAUCUUAUACUUCGUUUCUGAACGAAAGUUCAAUCAGGGACGAAAUAUUUCAAUCUUUAGAUAUACACUUAUCCUUACGGAUUUUAUCUUGGAUAUAUUGUUUGUUGUAAAUAAUGCUUCAGAAGUCCAGAUUAUCUUUAUACCAAGUAUAAUCUUCAUUGUCAUCCCUGCAACGGUAAACUUGACAAUAUCAGUCUUUAUAAAUAUCUAUGAAAUCUCUCAUAAUAAAGCAUUUCAAGAUUGGAUAAAUAGAUACGCCUCGGUAACUGUAUGGAUAACAUUAUUGGCAGUAGCCGAUCUAAAAAUUAUGACAUUGCUUACGUCAAGAAUAGCAGGAUUGGAUUGCUUUAAAGCCCCAUUCUCGAAUAAAACUAUCUCUUGGAUUUUUUGGUUGAGUUUUGUUAAUCUAUUUUUAGAAGACAUACCUCAUUUCAUUAUACAGGUUAUAUUUCUUAAGCAUAGUAUAGCUUAUGAUAUUAUCCCAACGCUUACAUUAAUAACAAGUGUGAUCGUAAUUCUAGCGGAUAGCUUGUGGAGAUUCUAUUAUUCUUUAAUGCAUUUACUUGGGUAUUACCGAAAUGAAGAACAUUUUUGGAGAGCUACAGAUUCGGAUACGGAAGAUUCGGAGGAACGUCAUGCUACCGUUAUUCAAACCGGACAAAGGAUAUAA